AUGGAAGAAAAUAGAGAAGGUCAUGGCCUUGCAGAAGGCAAGAUUUUGUCUGUCUGGAUGAUUUUGUUUGUGCCAUUAGUUUUGUUGCCUUCGAUAUUUCGAGUGUCACUGGGGAUUUCUCAUUUCUAUGUGAAAAUUGUAAUUAAAAUGUUAGAGUGGGCCACCCUGCAGAUUGAGGAGGGAGUAAAAAAGCAGAAGGCGAUGGCACUUGAAAAUUUAAUCUCCACUGGGAUCAUCCAGAGAGAUGAGACUCCCAUGGAAAAGGAGGUUGUUGGCCGAUGCCGAGGAUGUUUCAGCCUUGCUGAUGUCAUGUACUUCUCCAAGAAGGGCUGUGAGGCAGUUGCGGAGGAUGAAGUCACUCGACGGUUCUCCUCUGAGGAGCUGCUGUCCUGGAAUCUCCUCAGCAGAACCAAUGCCAACCUGCAUCAUGUCAGCUGGAAACUGGCUGCUGUGUGGGUCACUGGCAUCCUAAUUCGGUAUUGCCUCCUGCUGCCUUUCCGCAUCUGCUUGUCUGUUUUCAGCAUCCUGUUGCUGGUGUUGGCCACUACUCUAGUGGGACGGUUUCCAAAUGGCAGAGUUAAAGGCUGGCUGAGCAACCAGGUCCAGAUGAUAUGUGCCACCUUAGGUGUCCGAUGUCUGAGUGGCCUUGUUCAUUUCCAUAACAGGGAAAACAAACCACAGGAAGGAGGCAUCUGUGUAGCCAACCAUACAUCUCCAUUGGAUGUCCUAAUCCUGGCCAGUGAUGGAUGCUAUUCCUUGGUUGGCCAGGUACACGGAGGGCUUAUGGGACUUAUUCAAAAAUCCUGCAUGCAAACCUCUCAGCAUGUCUUGUUUGAACGCUCAGAAAUAAAAGACCGUCACCUGGUGAGGAAAAAAAUUAGAGAACACAUUGCAGAUAAGGCCAAGUUACCCAUUUUAAUUUUCCCAGAAGGCACCUGCAUUAACAACACAUCGGUAAUGAUGUUUAAGAAGGGAAGCUUUGAGGUAGGAGGAACCAUCCAUCCAGUAGCAAUCAAGUAUGACCCCCGCUUUGGAGAUGCCUUCUGGAACAGCACAAAGCAUUCCAUGAUGACCUAUGCUUUUAAUGUGUUAACCAGCUGGGCUAUUGUCUGCAAUGUGUGGUACCUGCCGCCGAUGGUCAAAGAGAAAGAAGAAGAUGCUGUUCACUUUGCUGACAGAGUCAAGGCUGUCAUUGCUGCUCGGGCAGGAAUGUCUGUGCUUCCUUGGGAUGGAGGACUGAAAAGGAAAAAGGUCAAAGAGUCUUUCAAGGAAGAGCAACAGAAAAAAUAUUGCCAGAUAGUAAUAGAAAAUGGAUCUGUGGGAAACGGAAAUGUUUGUUAAAUGCUAUUUAUUUUAUCUCCAUGACUUAUCUCUACCAGAAAAUGGACUGGCUUUAUAUAAAGCCCAACAUGUUUUCCUUCUGU